AUAGUGAGUAGUAAGCAAAUCAAAAUAAAUUUGAAUCAUACAUAUAAUCGCGAGAAAAAAUAUAAAUUAAUUUUAUAUAUAUGUGAAGAAAAUGCAAUUUAUCUAAUAUAUUUAUAUAUAUAUAUAUAUAUAUAUAUAUAUUUGCGAAAAAAUUUACAUAUUUGUAAAUAAAAAUAAACAAGAGUGCAAUGAGUGCAAGUAUGAAAGAGACAAUGCAUAAUUUGAGUAAUAUCGUGAACAACGAAAAGAUUGGAAAUGUAGAGCAGGCAAAUGUGCCCGAGGAAACACCAGCAAAGCAGAAAUUAAGAAGUUGGCUAAACCGACAUUUACGAAUUGAAAUGACUGAUGGAAGAGUGCUAAGAGGAGCAUUUUUAUGUACUGAUCGCGAUGCCAAUGUCAUUCUUGGCUCGUGCACUGAAUUUCUGUCUACAGAACAUACAGAAGCAAGAGUUUUAGGCUUGGUAAUGUGUUAACUCGAUCCAAACAGUUUAACAUAUAUGUACAUGAUAUAAAAGAAUGACAUUGCGCGCGUAAAUCGAGUGAACGAGAGAAGAUUCUAACCUGACCUUAUCUUUUUCUCUUGUCAAAAUCAGAUAUUCGUGCGCAAUAGUAGAAGAGAAGUACAAAAACAAAUAUUAAGUUCAUAAAGUUUUAGCUAAUUAAAAAUAGUAAAAUUGAAAAAAUACAAAGAUUUAAGUAUUAAUGCUUAAUCAUUCUUUUUCUUUCAAUAUUAGGAGCAUAUAUUUUAUUUUAAAAAUCUUGUUUUAUUUUUAUAAGUGAAAUACUUAUAUAAAAUCUUUAAGUUCUAUAAUAAAAAAAAUUUUUUUUUUGAUGUUUAAUAAAAAUAUAUAACAUGUCUUAUGUGAUAAUCACGCACAAUGCUAUGUAUAUUUAAGAAAAAUAAAAGGGUAGUAGUACAUUUUGUUUGAUAGUGCAUUUUUUUUAUAUAUUACACAAUAAUGUCUUAUAUAUUUUUUAUUUUUUUAUCCAAAUUAAUAAAUACCACAAGAAUAACAUUCAAAAUUACAUAAUUGUUUUUAUUGGAA